CACUUCUCAUCCCAACUCUAUACAAAACACCUAGAAAUCUCAGGCUUCAAUGCACUCACUGCAAAUAUGUUCCUCACCACUAUUCUCUCCACCCUCACCCUCCUCCACCUCAUCCUCGCCUCCCCAACCUGCACAACCCUCUCCAUCCCCGUCUCAGUCAGAGCCCACAACGCACAUUUUCCACCAGACUUCACGACUACAUCUCUCCUGUCCCUUGUUGGAGCCUUGGGAGCUGUGGUGUUCGACUCCCUUAUCACAGACACAUUUACGAUUGUGGGCACGUAUUGCGAGCCGGAAGUGUUGGUGGAGAGAAGGAAAGACACGGUGCAGUUACUUGUUCAUGGGGCGACUUAUACGAGGGCUUAUUGGACGGGAGAUGGGUUUGAUGAACGGUAUUCGUGGGUAGCUGCUGCUUCGAAAGAUGGAUAUCCAACUCUUGCAAUUGACCGCCUGGGGAAUGGAGAUUCGUCACAUCCUGAUCCUAUUCUGGCUGUUCAGUAUCCUAUCGAAGUCGAGACCAUCCAUCAAAUCAUCUUGAAGCUCCGCGCGGGAACUGUCCCCUCAACGUUGGCAGGUAGAAAAUUCACCAAGGUCAUCUACGUAGGUCACAGCUACGGCUCAAUCAUCGGCAAUGCCCUCGCAACCCUUUACCCCAGCGAUCCAACCUCGCUGAUCCUAACCGGCUGGUCCUCCACCUUCAUAACCCUCAUCCCCACCGUCCUCGGCACCGCCAUCAUCCUCCCCGCCUCCCUAACCCUCACGCAACCACAGUACAAAUCCCUCCCCCUCGGCUACCUCUCCAUCUCCUCCCUCCCCGGUUUCCGCGCUCUCUUCUUCUCCUCUCCAGACACAUACAACUCCUCCCUAUUCAACUACGACUUCGCCAAUCGUGGCACCAUAACAGUUGGUGAAGCAGCCACUUUGGCAUUCGGUGUCAACACGGCGAGUAAGUAUGAAGGGAGUGUGCUUGUCGCGACGGGGCAGCAUGAUGCGAUUUUUUGUAAUGUACUGGGUGUAAAUAUUUUGCUUGGGGGGUUGCUGGGAGAGAGUGAGUGUGGAGAUCCGGAAACGGGGUAUUUGGGGAGGAGUAGGGAGUUGUUUCCGAGGGCGAGGGUGUUUGACGGGUUGGUGGUGCCGGAUGCUGGGCAUUGUUGGCAGUUGCAUUAUAGUGCUGAGAAGGGGUUUGGGAUGGUUAAUGAGUGGUUGAGGAGACAGGGGCUUUGA